CCACAGUCGAGACAAUACACCCUGGUCGUGGCUAGUCCUCAGAUAGUGUGGCAUGUUCCUCCUUUGAACAAGUGAUCGACGGCCAUUUUAAAGUCCCAUCCACCCCCGGGUAUCUUCAUCGGCCAUUGAGUUAGACCCGCCCCAAGUGCGAGUGCGUGUGUGGGUCAGCUUCGAGGUAGCUUACUUGGGACCUCUUGGAUGACGAACCUCGAGGAUUUUGGAUCGAUUCCUAGGUGUGCGUGAGACAAGUCAAAAUUCCGCCAUCCGGGCUCAAACCUCGGACUUCUCCUCGGGAGGUUCCAACACCCCAGGUCUCCGCGUCCUGCUCAGCUCUCAAAGCCGCACUUCGUGUGGGCAACGUGGACUUCGAGCGAGUCGAUCGGGCGGAGGUUUGGAUCGUGACUGGACCUGAUAUCAAGCUCAGCUGAGGCCAACUCCUCCUCACUUUUCCGUUUGAGCCACCCUAACCGAGAACUACUCUCCGAAUUUUCCGAAAUCAUCGCCCCAAUCGAGGGUCUGAUAUUCGUUUUCAACCCGUCUAGUCGGAUUCCCGAACUGAACCCAUUAGAGCCCCUCCCCCACCCAUCCCUAUAUUUUUUUCCCGCUCUCAACCUUUCCCAAUUGCCAUGAAGCUCGAGCGAAGUGAGGAGUGUUCUUUGAACCCAAAAGAGGUUCAAAAUUGUCCGUAUGUACGAAUGAGUGAAGAUGAACGCCUGCUAAUGCAACAGAUCGCCUAUUCCGGCGAUCAAGAAGAGGCAUUUCUAAUUUGUGACCAAGCCAAAAUGGUCCAAGCGCUCGACGGCUGGACCCAGUCGUUUCCGGAUAUCAAACCGUCUUUUGAUGUCUUUCAAAAUGGUCAGGAGCUUGUGCUCCAGAUGUUCCAGGGUCGAGGUUGCUCUUUCGUUUGCAAGAACAAGGACGAAAUUGCCAAGGUGGUCAAGGCCGGGAUCCCCGGUGAGGACAUCAUCCUGGAGAAUUCCAUGUUGGUGGCUUCGCAUUUGAAAGUGGCUGCCCGGGAGAAUGUGGGCACCGUUGUGUUCCGCUCUCCGAAGGAUUUGACGAAAGUCAAGAAAAGCCAUCCUAAUGCCAAACUUUUCCUCGCGAUUGAUUGGUCCUCGCUGAACGAAGCCAAUGAGUUGGCCUUGGAAUCGAUCCAAAAUGCCACGGACUUGGAUCUUCACGUGACUGGCGUGUUUAUGGUUGGGCACCUCCCCAUUGGCAAGGCCCAAAAGGCCUUGGGACAUCUCCGGUUGCUCUUUGACAAGAUCCAAGAAUUUGGCCCCCAAGACUUCGAGAUAAUUCAUCUUGGAGCCUUGGGAUCCAUUCCAGAAGAGGACCUGAUCAAUGGUCUCAAAUCAAACUUCCCAGACAACGAGGGGCGUGUCCUUGAAAUCCAAGGCUGCCUUCCCAAUGGUCUUUUGGAGUCGGCCUUCAGCCUUUGCGCCCGAAUCGUGGGCAAACGUGCCUACCAAUCGAAUUCCCAAUCCCGUCGAGCCUACGUUCUGAACGAGGGUGUCUAUGGAUGCUUCAAUCAGGAGCUUCACGCGGACGACACGCCCACUUUCCAACCUCGACCCUUCGAUUCGAGCGAGAACCUCCAAUUUCCCACCAUGUUGAUUGGACCCUCUGGGGAUGCAACUGAUGAGCUGGAAGGCGAAUUCGGUCUGCCCGAUCUCGAGGAAGGUGAUUGGAUCGUGUUCCCCAAUAUAGGACGCCAUGCUUUGGGAUCGGCCAACCCGAAAUCCUAUGAAGCUUUUGCUGCUCCUUCGGUUUGGUCCGAGAGUGAGAACCAGCUUGGAUUAUGGAUUUUCAUGGAAGAGCCCUUGAACAAUGGUUGUUGCAAAUCCCAACGGAGCAAUAGCAACAAUGCAAGUGUCAAUGGGAUCACCCUUGAGCAGUUGCAGGUGUCAUUGCAAGAUUACCACUUCGAAGACCUUCUGCCCGAGAUGCUGUCCUUGACUGGCCUUGAUAUGUGACUAGGCUCCUAUCUAUCAUAUUUGUCCCCGAGAAUAACAUGCUCGACCGAUUCUAUUCCGAUUCUCCUGGGCGUCAAAGGGAAAUAUUUGCUUGGAUCAAGAGAACUUGGAUCAUACUUGGCUUCCUGUACCUUUUGUCAAUCUAUUGUUUUGUCUUUGACAUCAUUGGCCCACUAAAGUAUACGUUGCAACUUGCUACAUUAUGACCCCACAUCCUUGUCGUAGUUCGUGAAUGUUACCCAUAAACCCAAUUUGUCAGUGCUGGUACGAAGAAAAAUGAAACUUAUUCGAAACCGUUCAAAGGUCUAUCUAAUAUUUAGGUAAUAAAUAGACAUUCAAUCA